GCAAGUCUCAGUAAUCCGAUCGCAAUCUCCAUCCUUGUGCUACCACCAUCCCGAUCGGAGUUCUCAUUCUGGCAUUUCGUCCAACACCAGAGGUCCAGAGCUUCCAACUUUUCAAACAACGAAAACCCGUUAUUUUAUUUUUGGUUCAUCAAAUUAAACAGUCACUUAGCCAUUUUCAGCACAAACAAGGAUCUUCCCAAUCUCAACAAGUAAAUUACAAACAAAGAGCCGGCCGCCCGGGGGGAAGGGGAGGCAAAUGUUCCGGCGGCCGGCGAUUGAUUCGAUUAAAAUGUGGGGGCAAAAGACGGCCGCUCAAACUGCAAUGGACUAGGGCAGCAGAGCGGCAAUGGAAGCCUCCGUCUUUACUGUGAGCUCAUCACACUAACGUGCGCCACAAUUGAAACCUUUUCUCGUGGAAUACCACGCCACCCCUGACUCAAGAGGUAAAGCGCUCGGCCUUGAGCUCUGCUUGCUUCUCUUCCUCCCAGUCCCCUUGCCUCUGGUUUUAUACUGUUGAUCCACUAGGGUUUGACUGUUUCACAUUGACCCUAAACGACGUCAUUUUUCGACUACCCUUUUCCCCCAAUCCACUUUGAACUUUGAAGGCUGCCGGUGAAACGACCGGCGGAAAGAGAGUGCAUUUCUCGACUCUCGUCGAAGUUUUUAUCUUGAAAAUACUGGAAUGGGAAGAGUUCGUUUCAAUCUCCACGCUGUGAAGGUACUUAUCGGCCGUCGACAGGUCCACGGAUCGCCGCUUUCCGGUUCAGAUGUCAAGUUGCGGCGGCCGCAACCUGCUUUACCAAAGUCAUUACCGAUUCCCGACCUUCAUAAUCCGUAUUUGAAUCAAAGCCCUAAUCCUCCUGAAGUUAAGUACUCGCAGCAUGAGUUCGCGACCCUCUGUUGUCUUCUGAGAGAUUCCAAUCUCUCUCCCGGUUCUUCCCUCCAGAAUGCUUUGGACCAAACGGGAAUCGAGCCGCAGCAGCCUGGUCUGUUAGAGGCGGUCUUUGAGAAAUUCGAUUCGUCUCCGAAAUUGCUCUACUCAGUGUUUCAAUGGGCCGAGACGAGACCAGGGUUUCGGUGCUCGGAGGUGCUGUUCAACUCGAUGGUCAACGCACUUGGGAAAGCGAAGGAAUUCGACUCUGCAUGGUCUCUGGUUCUAGAUAGGAUUGAUGGAGAUAAAGAUCUUCAGUUGGUUUCCAGUGAUACAUUUGCCAUUCUCAUCAGAAGGUUUGCUCGUGCAGGAUUACCUGAAGCCGCAAUCAGGACAUAUGAGUAUGCAAGAAAUCUGGACUUGGUUGAGAAGCCAGAUGCUGGAAUGCGCUUGCUUGAGGUUUUGUUAGAUUCUCUUUGUAAGGAAGGGCAUGUUCGGGUGGCUGCAGAGUAUUUCCAGCGUAAAAAGAAGAUGGAACCUUGCUGGGUUCCCGCAAUUCGUGUAUAUACUAUACUUUUGAACGGGUGGUUUCGGUCAAGGAAGCUCAAACAUGCAGAGAGACUUUGGUUUGAGAUGGAGAGGGAUGGUGUGAAACCGACUGUUGUGACCUACGGUACCCUUGUAGGAGGGUACUGCAGAAUGCGUCGUGUUGAGAUUGCACUUGAUUUGGUGGAUGAAAUGAGAAGAAAAGAAAUCAAGCCCAAUGCUAUCAUCUACAAUACAAUUAUUGAUGCACUAGCAGAAGCCGGCAGGUUUAAGGAGGUUUCUGGGAUGAUGGAGCACUUGUUACUAUGUGAAUCAGGCCCUACUCUCUCCACAUAUAAUUCUUUGGUUAAGGGGUACUGCAAAGCUGGAGAUCUUGUGGCCGCUAGCAAGAUCCUUAGAACGAUGAUCGACAGAGGAUUCAUUCCAACUUCUACCACAUAUAACUAUUUCUUCAGGCAUUUUUCAAAGUUCCGGAAAGUUGAGGAGGCAAUGAAUUUAUAUACCAAGAUGAUUGAUUCUGGAUAUUCCCCUGACCAUCUCACUUACAAUCUCUUGUUGAAGUUAUUGUGCGAGGACGAACGGCUAGACUUAGCUGGUCGGAUUAGCAAGGAAAUGGAAGUGAGAGGAUGCGAUAUGGACUUGGCAACUAGCACAAUGUUGACUCAUCUACUGUGCAAGAUGCACAGAUUUGAAGAGGCAAUUGCAGAGUUUGAGAAGAUGUUGCGGAAGGGUCUAGUCCCUCAGUUCCUUACUUUCAAACGAUUGCAUAACGAGUUAAGCAAGCGAGGGAUGAAUAAGAUGGCUCAGAAACUAAGGACCAUGAUGUCGUCAGUCCCUCAUUCCACAGAAUUACCCAAUACCUACGAUGGCGAUGGAGAUUCAUCGCGAUACGCAAGGAGGAAAUCUAUUUUGCACAAGGCUGAAGCUAUGUCUGAGAUUCUGAAGACGUGCAACGACCCAAGGGAGCUUGUUAAGGGUAGAGGUCCUUCUCCGAAUCCUCUAUCGAGUGCUCGUCAGUUGACGAUGGAUAUCAAGCGAAGAGCAAACUGAUAUGAGAAAUAAUUUAAGUAUUAGAGGGCCAAUUCUCUCUUCUGCACUUGUUAUACGCUGGCCUAAGUGUCAUAUAUGCAUGAAUUAGAGCUCAAAGGCCAAAGAAGUUGGCCGAGACUCGAGAAGAGGGUAACUGACGUUGCGGUUGGGACACAGAAGAAAUGGUCUCUUGAUUGAGUUUUGAAGAAAGGUUUUGGCCAUGGGGCCAAGUUCAGCGUAUACCCAUUUGUUUAUUUCCAUGCAGUAGCUCUCAAAGUUGGCAGCUUGGCGCAAGACAUGGUCCACAAAAGAGAACAUUUUGAAGGGUGCAAGACACACCAACCGUAUAAGAGUGUUAAAAAUUCUUGCUUCAACUCCAGACUGCGAUGGCUGGAAGGGGUCCCCAACUGCUGCUGGAGGAAAAAGGGAGGAAGAGGGAAUAAUGGGUAUUUUUAAGAUUCUGAAGUACGAGAUGAUAGCGGCGGCGGCGGGGACGGUAGUUGUGGCGGUGGCGGAGAAGAAUCAGCGGCUGGACUGACGCCCGGAGUGAAGAUGCUACGGUGAUAAUGGCUCAGCAGCAGCAGCAGCAGAGUAGAGAUGGCAGCAAUGCCAAUUUUUCGCACGGCAUUUCUAUGAGUACCCAACAACAGCAGCAGCAGCAGAAGGAAGUGAAGGUUGGGGCAAUGUUUCAUGAUUUUCUGGGUAUGAAGCCAGGCAGUAGUAGUAUUAGUAAUAAUAACAAUGAUAGCAACAGCAAAAACAACAACGAAGCCUCUGCAAUUUUGGCCUCUUCUAGAAACCCUGAUGCCUCUCCUUCUGCUUCUCAAUCUCUUGGGGCUUCCUCUGCCGGCGCCGGCGUUUCUAUUCCUGGUGGCCGCGGUGGCGGAGGGCUCCUUUCCACCGCCUCUGAUCUCGCCAGUGAAAGACAGGUUCCAAGUCAUCUAGAAGGAAUCCCAUAUUAUGUGCCAAGAAGUGAUCAUUCUGUAGCAGGAAGUAAAAGAAGCAACUCGGAUUCUACCUUUACUGCUAGGGACGGAGUCCCACAAAUCAUCGGCCAUGACUCUGAAAGCCUGCAUUUGAUGAAGAUGCUGAGGAAGGCAGGUCCAGGAGAGAUACCUAAGCGAUCAGCAGAUGAUGAUCAGGGCUUGUUUCAUGUGCAGUCAACAAAGCCUAGUUCUGCCUCACUUAUAUUGCAACCUUCUACUCCUGGAGGUAGACUUGAUCCUAACAAGUGGGAAAGAUCUCCGGUGCAAUAUCCUCCUCGUGGGAGUCAUUAUGUUCCUUUUACCCACCAACUCAAUGCAAGCAGAUUGGGAGGGGAAGCCACUGCUGCUGGUCCAUCAAGUAUCUCUCAGGCGGCAGCUGCAGACGAAGGAUCCAGAACUGGCAUCAAAGGCUCUGGACUUUUAAGCUCCAUUAAUGCUGGCUCUGGUAAUUCAGAAAGAAAUUAUACUGGUGUCAAGGCAAGUGGUAGCAAACCCAGGCCUGGUAUUCACAUUUUAGAAGCAGAAGCUUCAACUCCUUCAAGUCGCCAGGAUCUAGCAUCUGCAAGUCGGCAAAUGACCAUAUUCUAUGGUGGUCAAGCACACGUAUUUGACGAUGUCCACCCCAACAAGGCCGAUGUUAUAAUGGCGUUGGCUGGAUCAAACGGGAUGUCAUGGUCCACAACUAACACGCCAAAGGCUGCCCUUACUACGAGACCAACUGGUGGUGGGGAAACUUCCAUGGGGAGUGGUGGAGAGUACGACGCAGGUAAUGCAGGAAUCAAUGCCGCGCUAUUGGAGCGUGAGCUUCGAAGAAGGCUGCCAGUUGCCAAUAGUCCCAUACCUGCAGGGGUACCCUCCAGCGACCGGAUGAUAAUACGACCAACUGGUGGUCAUCAUCAUGGUGGUGGCAGCAGCAUUGUGUUAGGAGGUGGUAGAGAGACGAGAAACCAAGACCGGAAUGUACAAGGAAGUGCAGAAGAAAGAAGGGAUGUUUGAUGUUUCUUUGAAUUGUUGUAGAAGAAACAAGUUGUUGCUCUUGUUGUUGUUGAAGAAGGGUUGUGAAGUAUGGUUGAUUGGUAGAGAGUUAAACGAAUUCUCAUCCCGUUUAAUGUGAGAAAAAAUGGCUUUGUUUUUCACUCUUAUACAGAUAGCAAGCAUCUUCCAACAUGCUUGAUCUUUCUUCCCUUUGUUUUGUUUGUCUUUCUUUCUUUUAUGAAGGCC